ACCUUCUGUGCCAAGACAUCCUCAAAUCUUAUGGAUUUUAGUAGCUUUUUCUGCUUGUCUCGAAAGCGAUUAUCCUGUUCUGCACUUGUUCCCUAGAAAGAAAAAAUAUAGAUGUAUUUAGAUGUUGAUGUUUGCAGUAAGUACUCGAAAAGUUAACGAAACAAACUCGAUUUUUGCGUACCCUAAAGAACCCCGCAUCCGCCAUGUUAGUUCCUUCAAUGCGCUCAACUUCACGUGGUUGCUACCCAUAAGUCCGUAAGACAUUCUCAAACAAUCAAUAGUUGUUCGCUCAUGCGUAGAUAAUUUGUCGGAACUUAUCGGUUACUCAAAGAAUCAUUGUAUCCUAGAAGAGUCAAUAAUUAUGCGUAACUCAGUCGGAAACUUUCCGAAAGAAUAUCGAUCGUUAGAAAAUCUUGAAGCACAUGCAACAUGGCGGACGAACUUGCUUCAGAGUUGCAAAAGCGUUUGAAGGAACAUUCAACGUAUUUUAACUCGCUGGUCCGGCUUGUUCCUCCAAAAUUUUAUCUCCCCGAUGACGAAGAAGAGAAGAGUAAAAAGUUUUACAAAAAUCGCGGUAAAUCUGCUCCAAAACAAGAAAUAAAAGAAGCCUCGAGGAAGGCAAAGAAGAAGCGUUUAGAUCCAAGUCAAGCAAAAGAUGUAGUUGAUCUACAGGAACAAGGAGAAACAGUGAAUGAUAAGGUCGAUGAGAGCGAUUCUGAAGAUGAUAGCAAUAAUAACAGUAGAGGAUUUAGCGUCGAGAAGGUCCCAAGUGGAAAGAUUGCGGAUUUGCGAGCAAGAUUACACGAGAGAAUACAAGCCUUACAAGGUAAAAGAAAACCUACAUCAGAAAAACACUCAAAUCGACCCAAGAAAAAGAUGAAGUCUGAGAUAAAGAGUGAUAAAAAGAAAAUCAAUCAAAUUACACAAUCAAAGAAAGAUCAGUUACACAAAGAAAAAAACACAGUCACAAAUGAUAAAGGUGAAGUUGUGUUUAGCAAGUUCGACUUCAUGGAACGAUCAAAAAACCCUAAGCAUGGUAGUAAAAUGAGAAAUUAUAAGAAUCUGAUUGCAAAAGCAGAAACAAGACAGAAAAAGAUAGAAGAAUUAAAGGGAAAGGAUGAAAGCAAAGCAAGGGAACUAGCAGAAAAGCAUGCAUGGGAAAGUGCAAUGGAAAAAGCCGAAGGAAACAAAGUAAAGGAUGACCCAAAACUUUUGAAAAAGAGUCUAAAGCGAAAAGAAAAAAUGAAAGCAAAAAGUAAAAAGCAGUGGGAUGCAAGGAAAGAACAACAAAAUAAACAAAUGGAAGAAAAACAAAAACGACGGCAGAAAAACUUGAAAGAACGCGCAGAAGCAAAGAAAGGGAAGAAAGGUGGAAAGGGAAGGAAACAUAKACCUGGAUUUUAAUAAAAUGAAUGGAAUAUAAAAAUUGAAAAUAAAUGGAAUUUACAGCACAUAAAUUGUGCUGCAAUAAAUUGUUGUUGUGAAAUUUAUAUUAGGUCUUUGCGCUCUUUGCUGGUUUCCUAAGAUUCAAAAUUGACAGCCAUGUUUGUGGUUUGAACAGUAGUUGUAGUACGACAAGAAUGGCCGUCAUUAGAUCAACAAAAAUCGGCAGUGGAAUUUUAUCAGACUUAACUGUGAAAUAGGAAUAAUGAGCCAUUUUCCUUUCUAUUUCAAAAUUACUGAAGAAAAUUGAACCAGGGGAAUAAUACAUCUUUACUCCGACGAAGGAUUAACAUCCGAAACGUCAGUAAGUUUUUCCACAUACUUUUUUACGGUGUUAAAUUUAUCUUUUUACAUAACUGAAUAAUACACCCCUUCUCCACAAGCAACUCUUUCCUCUGGGGUUCCAGUCUCAGGGUUCCAGUGACUGAUAGGAAAGGCUGGGUUUUAAUUCACAGACCAAACAACUACAGUGAACUUUCAGUAUGACAAUCACAACUUUUAAUCAAGUUAUUAAUGCUCAAAUUU